CGCUGUCGCAUGAGUCCCUUUGCUGAAAACUUUCGACUUCGCGUUGCGUUCGAGACUUAUAGCGUUUUGCUGGGAGCGAGUCCUUCAUAGCUUUGUCGAUCAGGAACGCUCCGAGGCAGAUAGAUGAAAAUAGCAGUUAUUCUCGUGCACCUUUUGGACUUUUCUGUGACCUAGUAGUGCUUUCUAGUCAUCUGCACCGGCGUCACGCAAAGCAACUGUCCAUUAAAAGAUCUUCUAAUAACAAAGCUGCUAGAAGCCAGAAAAGAGGCCAACUUGAAUUAGUUGGACAUCGCAUGAGUUGCAGUAGAUCGAGACGUAGAAUGACCUGAAGAUGUUCCGGCAAGAGCUCCAUGUCCGGACACCUCUUUGGGGCAGAUCUUCAACAGGGCCCCACCCACAUCCUCCCUGGGUCGGUGAUAUAAGCUAACCUGUUCCUCUCAUACCGGCUAAUCGUAUCUUGGAUGCAGUGCCGAAAGUGCAACAUGUCACGGUGGCUUGCAAUAACCACAUUACUGCUUCUUACGCUGAAAGCUGGUGCUGAAUCUUCUAAUUUGACCACAUCGUUCGCAGAUCGAGUCUCCUCCUCGUCUAUCGCAAGAUUAAAAAAUAAGAGCCCAAAGGAUUCGCCGAAUGUGAGCUUAAGGGGUGCUGGAGCUUUCAAGUUAGGUUCAUUGAUCGACAAUAUACUGCCAAAGAGUAAGGACGUUUCGAACUCGAAUCCGGUGGUGCACGUUGGCCGAGACGUACACAAUGUUGCUGGGGGCCGUUCUCUGCCUGGAGUUGUGGCUGCCGUAGGUCGUAAUACAAUGGCGCGUUCGCUUCUCUCCCUGAUGGGUCCCUUUAUGUUGGGAGCCAUAAUGACUGCACCGCUGAUUGCGCCUUCUGCUAUCUUGGCUAUGGGAGCGCUAGCUCCUAUGGUGGGGAUCGGCAGUGGGACCGGGGUUGGAGUUUUUCGCCGGCGGAGAGAGAUCCGUCAGUCACUCUUCGAGGUUGAGCAAGAUAUUCGGCAACAGAUGAAGCGGAUCCUUGAAGAACUCGAACAAUUCUUGAGUCCUACCCCGAAAUCUAAGAAUUUUCGAGGACAUGAAAAGAGCAGUAAUUGACUUUAACGUUUUUUGACGUGCCUGGAAGAGCGGCUCUUCCUUCCGACUAUCGUCCAUUCUGAUUAGCAAAAAAUCUUCUACCCGAUUGCAUUACCCUCCAACGAGCAUAGCGAAUACAUAUAGUGCCUAUACUCAUGGAAAAAUGCGAUCAAAGACUUUUCUGCUAGUGUUUUCUUUAGACAAUCAAACUAAAAGCGCUUUCUAUCACCACGUUGACAGAAAUUUUUCGUGUACGUCUAGAAUUGGAGUUGGUUACAAUGCUGUCGUGUCUUAAGCCUGUCUUUCAUUUGGGCUUUCUGAUGUAGGACACGCCUUGUCACACCUACAGUUCAUUUCAUCUCGUUCAAUUUUCACGUCACAUCUUUCCGUCCGUCCGUCCGUCUGCCUGCCUGCCUGCCUGCCUGCCUGUCUAUAUAAUUACAGUAGUAAUUGUUUAUUCUUACGUGAUCAUAACCGAACAUUAGCUGCCGCUUGUUUAUAGUUGAGAAGUAGCCUUACACUCCUGUCUCUAUUCUAUCCUGUCAAAAGUCAAAGGUGCCUGAGUCGUUGAGCAUCACUUCCGACGGCUAAAUAAUGGUCCUUAGAAAAAAACUCGACCUGAAGUGUGUGUACAUAGGGUAUCGAACUUAGAUUAUCUCACGUGUCUCUGAGUCCAUUGAAUAAAUAUGUUAGCAUUGCACGAUUACGGAGACAUAUAGCUCACAUCGUAUAGCACUGGUGAGUUAUUUUGAUCAGUACCUCAACUCUUUUUUAAAAGCACUCUUAAAACUCAACAAAAGCAUAGUAUCUUUUUCUAUGAUUAUUAAUUUUGAGUUAUUUGAGUAAAUUAGUAAUAAACACAUUUGGGCGAUAUUUCGGCCAUAAUUAUUUAUUCUGCUGUAAUGGCACUGGGUCAAGACCCAGGACGGAUAUGAUUAUUUAUGGUCAGCUAUUUCCACAGUUGUCAAUGCUUUCACACUACUCGGUCCAUAAAUAAACCAAAGUAUUUAAUUUGUAAAUUUUGAAACAUCGCUUUUUUUUUUUUAAUUUAAAAUAUUUUU